CUGUGUGUCAGAGGAGGGAGGAGCUCCGACCGGAGCCAACAUGGCGUCUUCUGUCACUGUUCAGCUGCUGGUUUGUUUAGCAUCUUUUCCACUGCAGUAUAGUUCUUCCCAACUUUUGUCCGAGCCUUGUUACAAACCUAUCCAAGACGACAGACCGGACUCUGUCAGGACACAAGCUCGUCCACAUGAGAAUGCAAAGAUUUCUGACCUUCCUCCGUCAUGGGACUGGAGGAACAUUAAUGGGAAAAAUUAUGUGAGCGUCACCAGGAACCAACAUAUCCCCCAGUACUGCGGGUCCUGCUGGGCCAUGGGAGCCACCAGUGCACUAGCUGACCGCAUCAACAUCAAGCGUGGAGGAUCCUGGCCGUCUGCUUACCUGUCAGUCCAGAAUGUGAUUGACUGUGGAAGGGCUGGCUCGUGUUAUGGCGGGGAUCACCUGAGAGUGUACGCCUACGCACAUGAAAAAGGCAUCCCUGAUGAAACCUGCAACAAUUAUCAAGCUAAGAACCAAAAGUGUGAGCUGUUCAACCAGUGCGGCACCUGCUCCUUCUUUGAGUCAUGUGCUGUCGUGAAGAACUACACAGUGUGGAAGGUGGGAGACUACGGAGAAGUUAAUGGAAGAGACCAAAUGAAGGCUGAGAUUUAUGCCAACGGACCUAUCAGUUGUGCGCUGAUGGCCACCAAUGGCUUGGAGCAGUACUCUGGAGGGAUCUUCUCAGAGUUUCAUCCCCUCUCACUGCCGAAUCACAUUGUGUCAGUGGCUGGUUGGGGUGUGGCAGAGGAUGGGAUCGAAUACUGGGUCGUCAGGAACUCCUGGGGAGAGUUUUGGGGAGAACAUGGAUGGGCAAGAAUAGUCACAAGUGCAUAUAAAGGAGGAAAAGGCAACUGGUUCAACCUGGGUAUAGAGAAAAACUGUGCAUAUGGAGAUCCCGUAGUUACAUAGCUGCAUAAAUAAACUAUUGAAAAUGUC